GCCUUGAUCUAUUCACCACUCAAUUUCGAAGCUCAGCGCACUCGCAAAUCGAUCGGUCGAUUGAUCGAUCGCCAGCCAUGGACUACGAAGACGAGUUUGUCGGUCAUGCUCCUCCAUCGUUCGAUCGCGCGUGGCAGGUGAAAAGAAUGCAGCAGAUAUGUUUACAAAAUCAGUUCCAGCAACCAAGCUUCAUCAUUGUUUGAAGAUUCUUCAGCUGGGGCUAGUAGGAAACUGAAGAUUGCUGGAAUUGGGAGAAGCCUUAUCAAGACAAAUGGGUGGAGAAUUUGUUAAAGCAUUUGUUCUAGAUUAGGGCUUGUAAUGUUAGGGAUAUUUUUCAUGUAAUAUUUCUGCUGUUAUGUUUUUAGAAAAGAGUUUUAUUUUUUCUAGGGCUGACUGAGGUUGUUGUAACUGCUCUUGGGCAGUCGGUUAGGUAGUGAUCUCCCACCUUUUGUUUGCUUAUAUAUAGAGGCCGAGGGGAAGUCUUUUAUGUAUGCUUUCUUUGUGGGUUAGCAAGCUGUCUUGGGGUGAGAUUGUGCAGAGAGGAAAGAGUGAAUAUCUUUCUUGUAACAACUCUAUAUAGCUUUCAGGUUUAUGGGCUAGGUGAGAGUUGAGUUUGAGUGCACUUGUAAUCUUACAUUAAUAUUCAAGAUAGUGGAGAAAGUAGGGGCGAAAGCCAAGCUGGAUGUAGGUCUUUCAUUGAGACCGAACCAAGGUAAAUUCUUGUGUGUUGUGCAAUUCUUGAUUGGUUCUUGAUUGUUUUCUGAUUGCUGUUCAUUUGCGAAUUAGAGAGAGAUUUCGUUUGAGUGUUUGAAUGAUCAUAUAAAGGGUGAGAUCUAGGUUAACAUACAAUAAAAUAUUUUUUUUAGUUUUGAGUGAAUUUAAAAUUCCACAAGAUAUGACUUUUACAAACACUUGUUUUUGAAGUAAUGCUACUGUUAUCUUAUUACAAAUUGUUGGCAUUCACAAACAUAAACAACGACAAAAUAUCAAGCCUUAAUCCCACUAUGUGGGACCGGCUAUGUUAAGAUUAGGAGCUCUUAGGAUCACUCAAUUCAUAUGCCAAUAUGAUUUACACCCUCACCCGAAAUGAACAACAGAAAUGAAAAACUGAAUUGAAAACGUAAUUAAAGAUUAAGGAAAGAGACAACCAAACUACAAAAGGGACAAGGAUUUUAUCUUGGUUCAAGCCGCAGAAACGACGCUACAUCCCGCCUUGGUCUGAGAGCAAUUCCACUAGAAAUCCAAUCAAGAAUCAGCACAAGAAACCAUCUCCACUCUUCACGAGUACACCACACUUGUUGAAGUUGCACUCAGUUAUGUUACUGUUUUGCCUAAAGUAAUUGAAUGCUGGAUUUAAUGAAGAAAUCAGGAAGAUAUAAAGAUGAUUUGGCAGCAGUUGGUUAAUAGGACAUAAAUGUAACUAAUUGUUUUAUUAAGGGUAGAUUUGACUUUUAUGAGUUAGUUAUUUUUUCCCUUAGGUAGUUCUGCCCCUCUAGUCUAUAAAUAGAAGGGUGCGGAGGUCAGUCAAAUUAUCAAAACUUUCAUAUCUUUCAUUCCUUGUGUUCGGAUACAGUGAGAGGCGAGAGUAAGAGCUGUGCAGUUAUAGUUCUUGUUGUCUUCGUUAGAGUAUUGUAUUCGAGAGGCAAGGUGGGGUGAAAGAGGGGUAUUCUUGUACUGGUUUCUCAUUUGUUUCUAGUGGAUUGGUUGCUUCUUGGAUUGCUAGAUGUAGUGCCAUGUAAAUGGCAUGAACCAAGGUAUAUCUUGUGUGCUGCAAUCUGGUUUGGUUUUCUCUACCUUUAAUUUUGUUUUUAUUAUCUACUUUCAAUCUUCAAUAUUGUUUUGAAUUCGGUGAGGUUCUUGAGUGAUUCUUGAGAGAUUAUAAUCUCGGUUUCAACAAUUUGGUAUCAGAGCUUUAGGUCAUUUAAUCAAGAAACAUCAAGAAACCUAUAGACGAGUUGUCUACUAUGGCUUCCGCGACCCUAGCUGCCCAGUAUGAUAUUGAAAAUUUUGAUGGCACAAAUGAUUUUGGACUUUGGAGGAUUAAAAUGAAAGCCUUGAUGGGAAAUUUAGGAUUAAAAGAAGCCUUAGCACUCCAAAAACCUUUCCCAGAAACUACUACUGUCGAACAAAGAUUAGAAGCCAAUAAUCGUAGGCAAGAAAUUAGUGAAAGAGCUUUCAACACCCUAAUCUUGAGUUUAGGAGAUAAAGUCCUAAGAGAAGUGUCUAAAAUGGAAACUGUCGAGGAUUUGUGGGCCAAACUAGAAAGCCUGUAUAUGACUAAAUCCCUUUCAAGUAGGCUAUGGCCCCGUUUGUUGCAGCUUAAUUAAAGAAAUUAUAGCUUCUAGUUUCUUAUAUUAUAGCUUAUAAAACUUAGAAUAAGUUGUGAACCUGUUUGCUGUAGCUUCUUAGAAGUUGUGGUAUUUGAUACCAUAAGUUGUAAAAUAACUUAUUUUUGUAUAAUUGUCCAUAAUACCCUUAGUAGUUAUAGAAUGAUAAUUUAAAAAUUAAUUGGUGUAUAUGUAUAAGUUUCAAGUGUUAUAAAAAAAUUAAUUAAAGUAUAGAGAGAGAGGAAGAUGGCGAGAGAGAGAAAGAGAUCUGAAAAUGGAGAUGGCGGUAGAGAAGAAAAACCCAUGAUUGCGUAGACAAGAGGGUAAUUCUUUGUUAAAAAUAAGGGUAAAAUUGUCAUAAAACUGUAAUCAUUUAAGUAAAAGUUGUAAAAGCUGGGGUACCCCAACUUUGAAAAAGCUAGCUUCUACCCCUUCUAAAAACUAGUAAAAGCUAUAAGUUAGAAUUCUAUAAGCUAAAACAAACACUACAUCUCAACUUUUUUGAAGCUAGAAGCUAAAAGUUGCAACUUUUAAGCUGCAACAAACAGGCCCUAUAUCUGAAAGCAAAAUUUUUUACUUUCAAAAUGCAAGAAGUGCAGAAGCUUCAAAAUCAUAUUGAUGAAUUUAACAAAUUAUGUCUUGAUUUGGAAAACUUAAGUAUAUCAUAUGAAGAAAAAGAUAAGGCUCUAAUUCUGUUGCAUUCACUGCCUAAGUCAUAUGAGCAUUUUGUAGACAUUUUAAAGCAUGGAAGAGAUACCAUAUCUUUAAAAGAUGUUAUAGGAGCUAUUAAUUCUAAAGAUUUACAACAGAAAGUAGAAUCAAAGAAAACUGUUGGUGAUGCCCUUUCAACUAGGUAUAGAUCAGAAAAGAAAGACCCUAAGGCUAAAGGAAAGUCUAGAUCAAAGUCCAAAAAUGGCAAGAAAACAUUUAGAUGUUUUCAUUGCCAUGAGGAAGGACAUAUAAAGAAAAAUUGUCCUAAAAGGAAGCAAGAUUUUUCUGAUAAAGGUAAAUCAGAGUUUUCAAACUCAACUCGUGAGUUAGACUAUGACAGUUUGGAUGUUCUUGUGGUUUCAAGACAUUUGGAUGAAGUGGUAUGGGUUUUAGAUUCCGGAUGCUCCUUCCAUAUGUCACCUCACAUAGAAUGGUUCUUGAAUUAUAAAGACAUGAGUGGGGGGAAGGUUCUACUCGGUAAUAAUCAAGAGUGUGGGAUAAAGGGGAUUGGGGAUAUUAAGCUAAAAAUGUUUAAUGGAUCAAUCAGAACUUUGACAUCUGUUAGGUAUGUCCCAGAACUUAAAAAAAAAUUGAUUUCCGUAGGAGAACUAGCUAAGAAUGGCUAUAGUUAUAGUGGCUGUGGGGAUAUUCUUAAAGUAGCUAAAGGAUCUCUUAUAUGUAUGAAGGCAGUCCUUAAAAAUGGAAUAUUUUUUAUGAUAGCUUCCACAGUAUGUGGAGAUGCUUCCAUAGGGGAAGAAAAGACCUAUGAACUAUCAAAACUAUGGCAUUUUAGGAUGGCUCAUAUAAGUAUCAAAGGGCUUAAAGAAUUAGCUAAUCAAGGGAUCUUAGGUUAUGGAAAAAUGACAAAUUUAGAUACAUGUGAAACUUGCAUCUAUGGAAAAUCUGUGAAAACAAAAUCCCCUAAGAAAGCAUUGCAUAUCACUAAAGGUCCUUUAGAAUAUGCCCAUUCGGACUUAUGGGACCCUAGUCAAACUCCAACUCAUGGUGGAGCUAGGUAUUUUCUUUCUAUUAUAAAUGACUAUACAAGAAUGGUUUGGGUUUCUGUUUUAAAAACAAAAGAUAACACUUUUGAUGCUUUUAAAACCUAGAAAAUCAUGAUUGAAAAUCAAAAGGGUGGGAAAUUAAAAGUCAUCAGGACUGAUGAUGGCUUAGAAUUUUGUAAUAAGGAAUUCACCCAAUUGUGUAAUGAAAAUGGCAUCUUAAGACAUCUUACUGCCCCUGGAAAUCCUAAGCAAAAUGGCCUGGCCGAGCGCAUGAAUAGGACCCUCCUUGAGAGGGUAAGAUGUAUGCUAUUCCAUGCUAGGCUUUCAAAAGCAUUUUGGGGAGAGGCUGUUGUUUUAGCAGCCUAUUUAAUAAACAAGUUACCUUCAUCAGCCUUAGAGUUUAAGACUCCUUAUGAAAUGUGGUAUAAUCAUAAGCCAAACCUAGAUCAUCUUAGGGUAUUUGGGUGUAUAGCUUAUGCACAUAUAAAAUAAGGAAAAUUAGAGCCUAGGGCUAAGAAGUGUGUGUUUAUUGGUUAUCCUUUAGGAGUUAAGGGGUAUAAGUUGUGGAAUUUAGAAAAAGACAUGCCUAGAACCAUGAUAAGUAGUAGAGAUGUAACCUUUAAUGAAAAUUCAUUUAUCGAUCUAGAAAAUAAAAAUGAGGAUAGGGAAGGGAAAGACAAAGCUGUAAAUUUUGAACAGCAGCAACAAGAUGCUGUUACUAUUCAAAAUUCUCCAUUAGAACCUUUCCAGGACCAGCCAAGUGCUGGUGAAGAAUCCUCAAGCCAAGAUAGUCUUGAUAGAUCUAUAGAAGUUAGGGAUUCAUCAAGUUAUGAUGAAGAUUAACACAUGGACCAACACACAUCUAGUACAGCAGGAGAUCCUAUUGGAGAUAGAUAUAAUGUAGGCAGGGAUAGACAGAGAAGAAUAAAUAGGCCUCCAGUGAGAUAUGGAUUCUUAGAUCUGGUAGCAUAUGCACUCUUAAGUGCAUAAGAAAUAGCAAGAGAAGAACCACAAACCUAUGAAGAAGUUGUAAGUUCUAAGGAAGCCAUGAAAACUGAGAUGGAAUCCUUAAGAAAAAAUGGAACAUGGGUGUUAGUGGAUAGACCUUUGGGAAAAAGAAUUGUAGGCUGUAGGUGGUUGUUUGAAGUAAAAGAAGGAGCUAGAGAUAGCCUCAAACCUAGAUAUAAAGCUAGGUUAGUAGCUAGGGGUUUCACCCAAGUAGCAGGAAUUGAUUUUAAUGAAGUGUUUUCACCAGUUGUAAGGCACACUUCUAUAAGAAUUCUGUUAGCUGUGAUAGCCCAUCUAGACCUUUACUUAGAGCAAAUGGAUGUUACCACAACAUUUCUUCAUGGCGAAUUAUAGGAAAAAAUUCUAAUGGAUCAGCCUAGAGGUUUUGAAGUUAGGGGAAAAGAAGACAAGGUUUGCUUGUUGAGAAAGUCCUUAUAUGGACUAAAACAGUCCCCUAGGCAGUGGUACAAGAAAUUCGAUUCUUUUAUGAUAAGUCAAGGGUUUAUAAGAAGUUCUUUUGAUUGUUGUGUCUAUCUUAGGCAUAUUUCCACUAAAAUAGCAAUUUAUCUCUUGCUGUAUGUAGAUGACAUGCUUAUAGCAAGUCACUCAGCUGUUGAAAUUCAAAGUUUAAAACUUAAACUCAAGUCAGUUUUUGAGAUGAAAGAACUUGGUGAAGCCAAGAAGAUUUUAGGAAUGGAAAUAUAUAGAGAUAGGAAGAAUAAAACUCUUCAGCUAUCCCAGAAAGCCUACUUACAGAAAAUUAUGAGAAAAUUUCAUAUGUUAGAUGUAAAAGUAGUAAAUAUACCAUUUGCUCAACAUUUUAAACUUUCUCAUGAUCAAUCUCCAACAGAUGAAAAGAAUUUAUCAGAAAUGAAGAGAAUUCCCUACUCUAACGCUGUUAGCAGCAUUAUGUAUGCAAUGGUGUGUUUUAGGCCUGAUUUAGCUCAUGUCAUGAGUGUGAUAAGUAGAUUUAUGGCAAAUCCAGGGAAAGAACAUUGGACAACAGUUAAAUGGGUAUUUAGAUAUCUAAAGAGGUCAAUUGACAAGGUUUUGAUUUAUGGUGGAGCUGAUGACUUUAAAAAGCCAGACAUUAUAGGAUAUUCUGAUGCUGAUUAUGCUUCAGACUUAGAUAGGAGAAGAUCUACAAUUGUUAUGUAUUUCAAUUGUGGAAGUCUACAAUUAGCUAGAAAUCUAACCUUCAAUCAAUUGUAGCUCUAUCAACAACAGAAUCUGAGCAUAUAGCUAUAACAGAGGCUGUUAAAGAGUCUUUGUGGCUGAAAGGUUUGAUUAGUGAACUCCUAGGAUAUAAUGUGAGGAUUAUUUUAAAGUGUGAUAGUCAAAGUGCCGUUCAUUUGCCCAAAAAUUAGAGUCAUCAUGAAAGAACAAAACACAUUGAUAUUAGAUAUCAUUUUAUAAGAGAAGUCCUUGACAAGAAGGAGGUAGAACUUAUAAAAGUUGCUAGAAGUGAAAAUGCUGCAGAUAUUUUCACUAAGGCUGUCCCAUUGUCCAAGUUACUUCAUUGCUUAAUGUUGUUACAGUUUGAUGCGUUUUGAUUUAUGUGU